AUGCCUCCCAAGGGCAACGUCUCGACCCGGUUGAACCCGCUCCGUCUGAACACCAUUGAAUACCUUCGUGUUCGUCGGCCAAACCAGCAUGAACAGAACACCUGUGUCACCGUUAUGUCCUCGAUGCUGAACUGCUGGGCUUCCCAGGGCUACGGAGCUGAGGGCUGCGCAGCUCUAGAGACGCAACUGCGCAAGUGCAUGGACGCACCGAAAUCUCAAGAGAAGAAGAAGAACACCGUCAACUACCACCUGAUGAGAAUGUACCCGAAGGUCGUGGGCCCGCGCAAGAAGGACGGUGUCCUGGGCUAA